GCUUCUCUGUGUAUAUAACCGGCAGGCGGCCACUGAGCAGUUUCCCUUCCCCGGUAACACCCCACACAGGACGGACCUAUACAGAUACCCUGCGUAUCCCCACAUACCCAGCAGCAGACAUGCCUGGAUACAGCGAUAGAGACCGCGGCCGCGACAGAGGCUAUGGCGGUGGCCCUCGCUUUGGAGGUAGCAGGGGUGGCCCCUCUGGAAAAUUUGGUAACCCUGGUGAAAGGCUCAUGAAAAAGAAAUGGAAUUUGGACGAAUUACCAAAAUUUGAAAAGAACUUCUACCAGGAGCACCCCGACGUGGUCAAACGCACACCGCAAGAAGUUGAGCAAUACAGACGAAGCAAGGAAAUCUCUGUCCGAGGAAUUAACUGCCCCAAACCCAUCCUGCAGUUUCAUGAAGCUAGCUUCCCAGCCAACGUCAUGGAAGUCGUCAAGCGGCAGAACUUCACGGAUCCGACUCCCAUCCAAGGUCAAGGCUGGCCGGUAGCACUCAGCGGGCUGGAUAUGGUUGGUGUUGCUAUGACCGGAUCUGGAAAGACCCUCUCGUACCUUCUCCCUGGAAUCGUUCACAUUAAUCAUCAGCCUUUCCUGCAGCGAGGUGAUGGCCCAAUUCUCCUGGUGCUGGCGCCAACCCGAGAACUGGCUCAGCAAGUACAGCAAGUUGCCGCCGAGUACGGGAGAGCCUGCCGCCUGAAGUCCACCUGCAUUUAUGGGGGAGCUCCCAAAGGGCCACAGAUCAGAGACCUGGAGAGAGGCGUGGAAAUCUGCAUUGCGACUCCCGGCCGCCUCAUCGACUUCUUGGAAGCCGGGAAGACCAACCUGAACAGAUGCACAUACCUGGUCCUCGACGAAGCUGACCGAAUGCUCGACAUGGGCUUUGAGCCUCAGAUCAGGAAGAUAGUUGACCAGAUUCGGCCUGACAGACAGACGCUGAUGUGGAGCGCGACCUGGCCCAAGGAGGUCCGGCAGCUCGCCGAAGACUUCCUCAAAGACUACGUGCACAUUAACAUCGGCGCCCUGGAGCUGAGUGCCAACCACAACAUCCUUCAGAUCGUGGAUGUCUGUAACGACGGGGAAAAAGACGACAAGCUUGUUCGCCUGAUGGAAGAAAUCAUGAGUGAGAAGGAAAACAAGACCAUAGUGUUUGUGGAGACAAAGCGUCGCUGUGACGAUCUGACCCGCAAGCUGAGGCGUGAUGGGUGGCCUGCGAUGGGAAUCCAUGGUGACAAAAGCCAGCAAGAGCGUGAUUGGGUUUUAAAUGAGUUCAAACACGGCAAAUCCCCAAUCCUGAUAGCCACAGACGUUGCUUCCCGAGGCUUAGAUGUGGAAGAUGUGAAAUUUGUCAUCAAUUAUGACUACCCUAACUCCUCCGAGGACUAUAUCCACCGCAUCGGCAGGACGGCCCGCAGUAGUAAGACAGGCACGGCGUACACAUUCUUUACCCCAAACAAUGUGAAGCAAGUGAAUGACCUGGUCUCUGUGCUCCGUGAAGCCAAUCAAGCCAUCAACCCCAAGCUCCUGCAGCUCGUGGAAGAUAGAGGGCGCUUCAGAGGCAGAGGGAUGAAUGACCGGCGAUACUCUUCAGGCAAGCGGGGCGGGUGGGACAGGGAGAAUUACGACCGCGGGUUUGGAAAAAGGGACUUCGGCAACAAGUCCCAGAAUGGCUUCGGAGGACAGUCUUUUGGCAACGGCAGCGCCUACUCAAACGGCUUUAACGCAAGCGCACUGCAAGGAGGCUUCAGAGGCACCGCUCAGACCGGCACCUACCAAAACUAUGACGCCACUCAGCAGUUUGCUGCCACCAUGCAGAAUGGAAUGAACCAGCCAGCAUACACUUACCCGGCUGCCGCCGCAGCUGCCGCACCUUCCAUGUUGGGCUACGCCAUGCCGGGAACGUACCCCCAGUGAGACCGCCGCUCUUUCUUUUUUUUUUUUUUUUUUUUACCCUUGCUGUUUUGUGUUUCCCGAACUAAGUAGUUUAUUUAAGAGUCGUAAGGAUGAGCAGGGAUCUGCUGUGCAGCGGUAACUGGUGCACUUUCACUAUUUAAGUUGACUGUUUCUCUACAUUCCUGACGCAGUUUUAGUUUUUUGUACUAGAAAAUACAGCCAGUGUUUUCACACGUCUAUGUACAGUGAUUUGGAGUACUGUAAAGGAGGCAGUGCAUGGCCUUCAAUAAAGAUCAUUUAACUCAA